AUGAGUGAAACUGAAAGGCGGAGGCCAUUGAUCGCGGGCCGAGAGAAAGGGCCCGGCCCUGGCCGUUACGCUCUCCCACCCACCAUAGGCUUUGUAGGCCAUGACUUCACCAAGCAAACCAGCCCUGCGUUUUCUUUUCACGGCCGGAUGAGCAACAACUUGUACUGUGUGGACUCCAGUCCUGGACCUCGGUAUUACAUCGAUGCUAAAGUCACGCGUUUUGGCAGAGACGGCAGCCCAGCGUACUCAAUACUGGGCAGAGUGAAAGGUCCAGUGGGUACUUUUAAGACCCCUGGACCAGGUGCGUACAGUCCUGAAACUGCCACUGUGUGCGGGACUCAGCGCAGACCCCCCUCCUACACCAUGGGCUCUCGAACUCGGUACCGUUCCGUCGACGCCGUGCCCGCCCCAAACAAGUACACUCUCCCCUCCCUGAUGGGCUCCCACGUCCUCACAAAACCAGCCAGCGCCAGUUUCACCAUCUCAGGGCGGUGCAAAUCGGGGGGUCAUUCAGAAGACUUAUCCAAGACCCCAGGUCCUGGCAGGUACAACAGCACAGACCCAAACAUCUAUCUCCCCAGACAGCCGGCCUUCUCCAUGCUCGGUCGUCACGGCGUCCCGAACGACACCGCCCCGAAGCCGGGCCCCGGAAGCCACAACCCAGAGAAAGUGACGGUGAACAAGCCGCGACCCCCCGCGUUCUCUCUGGGCAUCCGUCACACGGAAUUUGUCACACCCUUAGUGACAGACCUAGUGGACUGA